CUCCGCUAGCUUCCAACGCGUGGGAGGGAGAAAUGUGGUGUGGCUGCGCGUGCGCAGAGCGAACGAGAACCCGAACGCUCGGCGCGGCGCGAGAGUCGGUAGCGGCCACAGUUCCCAGGUGAGCGGCUCACGGGCUUCCGCAUCCGGUCGGUCUCCAGCGGGCGAGACGCCCUCCUCUGCGUUCGGGGUCCGUUUCCCCGGUUCGGUGCCCGACGGAGGCGAGCACCCAGGAUAUACUUUUGGCAUCAUGGAUCGGUUUGGCGAUAUCUCAGAAGGUGAAGUGGACCAUUCUUUCUUUGACAGUGAUUUUGAAGACACAAAGAAAUGUGAAAGUAAUUCCAUUUUUGACAAGCAAAAUGAUGAUGACUUUAAGGAAGGAAUAAAUAAGGACAUCAAAAAUUUAAACUUGAAAUUUGGAGUACAAAAUGAUAACCUUAAAGAGAAAAUAGAUAAUGACACAGAAAAUGUGAACGUGAAACUUGGGAUACAAACAAAGGAAAAUUACCUUACUCAGAAGGGAAAUGAAAGGAAACCAAAAUUUCCCUCAAAGGAACAACAUGUAGAAAAUGACCCUAUACAAACAAGAAGUCCCUCAUUGUUGACUUCUUCAAGGUCAAAAAAACUGUGUGAUACCACAAAAGGAAAUAAACUACAUUUGCCUGUUCCAAAUAGAAUUCCUAAAAUUGUGAAAGGUGAGGAUGACUACUACACAGAUGGAGAGGAAAGCAGUGACGAUGGGAAGAAGUACCACGUGAGGUCUAAGUCAGCGAAGCCCUCUAGUAACUUAAAAAAGAACAACACAAGUAAGAAGUAUUCCAAAGCCAGUUCCUCCUCUCUGUCUUCCUCAUCUUCACGAUCAAGCUCAGACUGCUCAGAUAUAGGAUCUGACAUGCAAAAUAAACCUGAUUCAGGUUCAUCAGGGAAACGAGUUUCUAGUGUAACCCCCUCAUCACCAAAGCAGAAGUGUAAGUCAGGAAGAAAAUCAAGUGCUAAACAGAAGGCAGGUGACUAUAAUGCAGAGUCAGAAGACAACGUAACAGACGUAACUCCCGCGUCAACUCCAGACAGCAGCCCUGCCCAGCCAUUUGAGUUGAGCCAAUCACAGAAUCAAAAAGUAAAAGUUAAAAGACAAGAAAAUGUGAGCCGGGAUGUGUAUGAGGAUGUGGAGGCUUUAAAGAAUGAUUCAAGAUGUCUGAAAUCAGCCAAAAGGAAAGAAAAGCAUGGACAGAAUUUUGCUCCAAAAUCAUCAGUGUUAGAUGCAAAUCUAGACCGUAGAUCCAAGCAAAAAGUCUUACAUGACACAAUGGACCUUAAUCAUCUGUUGAAAGCUUUCCUGCAGUUAGAUAAAAAGGGACCACAGAAACAUCACUUUGAGCAGCCUUCAAUAAUACCUAGGAAAAACUACUCUUUCACAAGAGAAGAGGUGAGACAGAUUGAUCGGGAGAAUCAGAGGCUUUUGAAAGAACUGUCAAGACAGGCUGAAAAACCAGGAAACAAAAGUACAAUUCCUGGAAGAUCGCUCGGCCAUCCACCUAAGUUGUAUCACAGUGCUCUCAACAGACAGAGGGAACAGCAAAGGAUUGAAAGAGAAAAUAUGGCUUUAUUGAAACGGCUUGAAGCUGUGAAGCCAACAGUUGGCAUGAAACGCUCUGAACAGCUGAUGGACUACCAUCGGAAUAUCAGUUACCUCAACCCUUCACCGUCCGUCAGACGAGUGAGAUCUACUCUUGGCCAUUACAGCCCACUGAGAGGAGCUUCCAGGACAUCCAGUGCAACCAGUGGUCUCAGUUGUAAGACUGAUCGAUCAGUGUUGGACACAUCCAGUGGCUUUUUGCUAAGACCGAAACCCCCGAAUGUUCGUACUGCUUGGUUGUAAAACCUUUUUUUAUGAUAUACAUUGUUCAUCUGUUGGUCCUGUUUUAACGAUGUAUUUUUCUGUACUACUAUAACUAUUUGCAAACAUCUGUCAUACUUUUCCAACAAUUUAUACAGCAAUGAGUAUAAUUUAUUGUUAUUCAGUGCAAAUUGUUAUCAAAAGACACUUUGAUGUAAAAUCAGUGUUUCAUGCAGUGGCAUAUUUAUAGGAGCCAUAUGUCUAUUUCAUAGAGAAAGGUGUAUGCAUGAAUGUUUCUUCGAUAUAGGAAUUCAGCUGUUGUGCUGACAAAGCAGCAGUGGUGGUAAUCCAUGUUGAAACCAAGACGCUCACUAUAUAGUUCUUAAUCUAUAUGAGUUUCAGUUAUUGUAAGCGUUAAGGUGCUUUACCUUGUAAACUUAAGCGCCUCAUGCUUCUGUCUGCUUUAGACUGUCUGUAACACGAGUCAGCACUUGCUUAUGUGAGUGUUCCACUCCAAAUGAAAAAAACUUGAAAUUUGUUUUCAUGGAGAAGCUGGUGUAGUCUUGAUGAGGAGCAUGAGCAGCUUGUAUCAGUGCAGCUCUUGCUUGACUAACGACGCUUCUCCCUAAGUCUGAUUAUCUAUUCCAAACCGUUUCACCCCAUGAAUGAGGGGUUCACUUUAGAAGCGUCUGUUUCAUGUUUAUAUGCAGUCUGGUAAAAUACCCUUAAGGAUUCUGAGGCAAGAGAGAGGCUUUAACAGCUUCGAGUCUUGUGACUUGUGACUGGUUUGGAUCCAGAUCAUUUGCAUCAUUAACAAAAGCAUGUGUUUAUGGAUCAGGGAGCAACAUUCCCAGCUUGAAGACCAGGGUGUGUUAGAGCAGUGUUUGAAAUGAUACUGUUAGUGUGUGUGCUGUCGUUGUGUAUUUAUUGUAUUAAUAGAAUGCUUAGAGUAAGGAAGAAAUGAUUAGAGAAACCAAAUACAAACAAGAAAGAAACUAAUCACACAUUGGUCACAGCUACUGCCUUAAUGUUAGUGAAUGUCCUUGGCUUGCUUUAGCUGAGUCCUGGAAGCACCAGUCUUCAGUCUCAUGUUUGAAGGUCUGUUAAUCCUCAUGGACUUGCUAGUGACCCACAGAUGUGAAAUAGUUGACUAUGAAAAACUAGAAUAUUUUCCUGUCAACCUAGAGGCUGUUCUUUUGUAGAACAAAGUGUGUGAUAUUUCAUAGUCAUAGCCUUUCAUUGCUGGUCUUGUCAGUAUGCCUUUAGUAAAUACCUUUUAUAUUCAAUGACACGCUUUUCUUAAAAUAUGAAUUUUCCCUGACCACAGAGAGAUCUGUCUGGUUCAGUGCUCAGCACUGGAGCAUGUGGGCCACACCUGCUUCGCCUUCCGUAGCAGGGAGGCCGACUGCCCUUACCAAGCACCAGGUCACACAUUGUUAGUCUCACUUUAAUGGAUGGUGUUCCAGAUAGAGCAGUGAUGGUAGGAAAUGGUGAGACCACAACAAUGCUGAUAUACAUAGCAUACACACACAUACACUCUCUCUCUCUCUCUCUCUCUCUCUCUCUCUCUCUCUCUCUCUCUCUCUCUCUCACACACACACACACACACACACACACACACACACACACACACACACACACGACUAAGGGUUUUUCUGCUGCUUUUGGAGGACUGUAACAUUCUAUAACAAUUUAUUUCUUUGUUUUAGUGAACAAGAUUUUGUACCUGCUCUAUAUACCCCUUUUAAUGUUUUUGUAACAACUUAAAUUUAAAAUGCAACAUUUUGGCAUUUGCUCAGUAGUGAAUCACUUUAAAGCAGAUUUUUGUGGGAAAAAAACUUGUAUAUGUAAAACCUUCUAUGUUCACAGUGGCAUUAGCCUAGGCACAUUUUUGUUGGUCUCUCCAAGUUCCAUAGAUAAACUAGAAUUUGAUUUUAAAUGCUAAUUUAUGUCUUAGUUUUUACUGUUUGGAAGAAGUUUAACUAAGUGUUACUGAUGACAAGGAUUCAACCUCAAGUAAAGGGCAACCAUCUUUUAAAAGCAAUUUAGCUUGUUAUAUUGUAGGUGCAUAGAUCUGGUGACUGUAGAGAUGGGUAGGAGUUAUACUCAGAACUCACUGAUGGACGUCAAGGUACUGUUAGGUAGGAUUAGGAAGCCUUUGCAAUGGAGGAGUCAUGAGUACAUUAAUCUCUUCAGCCUCACCAACACAAACAUGUACUCUUAGCACUGUUGCAUGGUUGGCUGGCUGGUCCUUACCAAGCAUACUUGGAAGGCCCACAUCUGUAGCUAGAAAGCGUGCUGGUCUGCUGCCUAGAGACAGAUCUGAGAACUGUUUUCAUCUCUGUCAAAUGUUAUCUCCUUUUCUAGUAAGUUUUUGUGAGAUUUCAAAUUAUUAAAAUUACUUCUUAAGGAGUAGCUACUACCUCAUCCUCCCCAACUGACUCUUUCAGUCCCCAUCAAAACCUGCUCUAACUGCUAUUCCAGUUAACACUCUAUGGCUUGCUUGUUUAAUAACAUCAUGCACUUGUGCUCAACCCAAGUAUCAGAAACGCGACUCGCGGCUUUGAGAGGUGAUUGUGAUAGGUCUGCUUCUCAUCUGCAGAUACAAUGCAGCAACUCCAAAGUAUUAAGAUCACACUAAGCUGAAGAUGCACCUUUGCCCUGGUUAGCAACGCAAAACCGUAUCGUCAUACAUGCCAAGGCCUUAGCGUGUAGAUGUCUGUACACCGGCACAGCGAAUGAGCUCACUGCUAAUGGCUGAGUUGCUUAUUUUCAUGAACAAAGAUUAGCAAGAAACUGUUAAACCAUCUUUUUAAAAACUGUUCUAGUUUGUCAUAUUUUAGGCAUGAAGAACUAGCUUGGCUUACUGAAGAAAUAAAAGAUUUAAAGAGAA